CCUCACCGCGCGACAGGAAGUUGGGAUGAAAACAAGAGCGGAAACUGAAUUUAUCCGAAAAAUGGAUUAAAAUGUAAAAGUGUUGUAAUUGUUUUUGAAGGAGUAGCUAACCCUUCAGACGAUGUCUAACACGGCGAGGAGCGGGGACAUCAUCCACCUGAAUGUCGGGGGGAAGAGGUUCAGCACGUCCCGACAGACGCUGACGUGGGUUCCUGACUCCUUCUUCUCCAGUCUUUUGAGCGGCCGGAUCUCGACUCUGAAGGAUGAAACUGGAGCUAUCUUCAUCGACAGAGACCCCUCUCUGUUCGCCACCAUCCUCAACUUCCUGCGGACCAAAGAGCUGUACCCGCGCUCCAUCAACGUGCACAUGCUCGUGCACGAGGCCGAGUUCUACGGCAUCACGCCGCUGGUGCGUAAACUGCAGCUGUGCGACGAGUUGGACCGAUCGUCCUGUGGAAACGUGCUGUUCAACGGCUACCUGCCUCCACCAGUGUACCCGGCGAAGCGCCGCAACCGUCACAGCGUGGCGGGAUCGCAGUUCAUGGCGGGCCGAGUCGCGCCCGCAGAGCGAGCGCCGGUCAGACGCAGCAACACCAUGCCCCCCAACCUGGGGAACUCCGGGAUCCUGGGCAGAGCCAGCACCGAGGAGAGGACGCCCGGAGGGCAGUUAGCAGAUACCGGCAUGGUUCGGAUCAUCUGUGGACAUCACAACUGGAUCGCUGUGGCCUACGCUCAGUUCGUGGUCUGCUACAGGGUGAAGGAGUCGACCGGCUGGCAGCAGGUCUUCACGUCUCCCCGUCUGGACUGGGUGAUCGACAGAGUCGCGCUCAACGCCAAAGUGAUGGCCGGCUCGCUGGGAGACAACGACAAGAUGGUGGCCGUCGCCUCGGGGACGGAGAUCAUCCUGUGGGCCAUCUGCCCCGACGGCAACGGAAACGAAAUCGGCGUCUUCAGUCUGAACGUACCGGUCGAGGCUCUCUUCUUCGUUGGUAACCAGCUGAUCGCCACGAGCCACACGGGGAAGGUCGGGGUCUGGAACGCCGUCACCAAACACUGGCAGAAUCAGGACGUGGUUCCCAUCAGCAGCUACGACACCGCCGGCUCCUUCCUCAUCCUGGGCUGCAACAACGGAUCCAUCUACUAUAUCGACGUGCAGAAGUUUCCUCUGAGGAUGAAGGAUAAUGAUCUGCUGGUGACGGAGUUGUACAGAGACCCGACUGAAGACGCCAUCACUGCUCUCAGCGUCUACCUCACUCCCAAAACUAGUGACAGCGGGAACUGGAUCGAGAUCGCGUACGGGACGAGCUCCGGGGCGGUGCGAGUCAUCGUUCAGCAUCCGGAGACGGUCGGCUCGGGGCCGCAGCUCUUCCAGACCUUCUCCGUCCACCGCAGCUCCGUCACCAAGAUCAUGCUGUCAGAGAAACACCUGAUCUCAGUUUGCGCCGACAACAACCACGUGCGGACGUGGACGGUGACUCGCUUCAGAGGGAUGAUCUCCACCCAGCCGGGGUCCACGCCGCUCACCUCCUUCAAGAUCCUGAGCCUGGACGACUUCGACGGACACGGAGGCUGCAGCGCCGGGACGGAGAUAGGUCCGUACGGAGAGAGAGACGACCAGCAGGUGUUCAUCCAGAGAGUCGUACCGGACACCGAUAAACUCUACGUCAGGCUGUCGUCCAACGGGAAGAGAGUGUGUGAGGUGCGUUCAGUAGACAGCACCUCCAUCACGGCCUUCAUGGUCCACGAGUGUGAGGGCUCGAGUCGCAUCGGCUCUCGGCCGCGUCGCUACCUGUUCAGUGGCCAUGGCAACGGCAGCAUCCAGAUGUGGGACCUGACCACCGCCAUGGAGAUCGCCGGCAAGGUCGACAUCAGAGCGCUGGGCGGGCCGACAGAGGAGGAACUGCUGGAGCUGCUGGACCAGUGUGACCUCGCCCUGACCCGAACACCUGACAGCACGCCGAGAGCCUCCACCUGCAGUCUUUACUCUCAGCUCAGUGACGUCUUCAGGAUGGAACGUCUUCAGCCUGCAGCAGGAGGACGAGGAGCCGGAGCUUCCAGUUCGUCAGCUUCUCUGUGCGGCAGCCUCCCCCGACAGGCUCCGCCCCCCGUGCCCCUCACCAAACCUGUCCGAGACUCCGCCCUUUCCGGGCCGCAGACCCUCGCCAUCCCCGCCUACGCCCACAACUCCAGUCCCCGGCCCCCGAGACACAUGGACCGAGACAGAGAGUGGGGCUCUGUGCGGCGGGGGAGCUUCGUGGAACGCUGCCAGGAACUCGCUAAGGGUUCAGAGGCGGCAGCGGGCUCUGGGUUCGGGGUCCCGGCAGGGUCGGAGGGCGUCAGGCGGAGCUUAGCGGUGUGCACCGAGCUCGAGGCCAGAUUCGGCCUCAGGACGCCCACCACCUUCUCUGUGUCGCCCGGUGCUCGCCACUCCACUACACCUCCGUCAUCGUCAUCGCCGCUGUCCUCGUCUUCGUCACACCGCAGGGCCACGCCCACUCCCCCGACAAGCCCCGCCCCCACAGCCGUGAGCCCGACACGGCCUCAGUCACCCGCCUCACCUCGCCACACCCCCACGACAUCUCCCGCUGACGUACCAGCUUCCCCUGAGAGCCCGGCGAGUCCGGACAGCCCCGCCGCCGCCGGGCCGCCCACCAGCCCCAAACCACACAUGAACGAGACCAGCUUCUGAUUGGCUGCUCAGAGUGACAUAGAGCUCUGUUGCCACAGUUACUAACUCACUAAUGAAGCUGCUCGUUAGUUUCUCCUGAGACUCGUUGAGCUUCAGGAGCCGACGAGUCGACUGCUUGAUUCUUUAAUGACGAGGCAAAAACAAACAGCUGUUAGGUCUGUGGGGUGGGGGGGCUUUAAGAGGAGAAAACAACAAAGACAGCAGAAUAAAUAAAUAAAUAAUAACAGUUGGUAAGAAAAAUGUUGUUUCCUGAUUAAUUGAUAGACGAAAGAUAUAAUUUAUUCUGAUAAUCGAUGAAUGGUUUCAGUAAUUCAGUAAAAUAAUCAGUAAAUCUGGAGAUCUGCUGUGUUUCUGUUAAAGUGACAGAACAAGACGUCAGCUGUGAGCAGCACAUUUUAUACACGGAGCGAUUCAUCUCUGAAUGUAGACAUUACAGAUUAAUUAACAGAUUAGUGGAUCAUGAAAAUAAAUGUUCUUAUUAUCGUCGUUAUGAACGUCUGUGUGAGCGGAGCGGGGAACGCAGCUUUCACUGCACUAACUUUGUUUUUGUAGCUUUUUAUAACCAAGAAAGGAAACGAAAGUUUAGUUUAUAUUUUGUUUGUUUGCAGGUUUUUUAAACCGUUUUGUAUCCGACGACAUUCAAACGUUUGUAUAGAAGCUUUAUUUUUUUAAUUUGUAUGUAAUCCGACAGCGUUGUAAGUUCUGCAGUCCUGACUGUGAAUUCACACUGUGAUGAUCAAAACUACGUGGUCUGCAGUCGGACCCUGAACGCCUCACCGUGCAGCCAAUCAGGUUUCAGCUCAAAAACGAACAGCUGAUAUUUAACACUUUAUUUUACAGCUCCAUAUUUUACCAAUAAUGUCCUGGAAAUAAAUUUGUUUUAUGGAAAA